AUGGCGACCGCUACGCAGACUCCCACAGAGGUGUCGGACGCCUUCAUGCCACCCUCUGCCAACGAUGUCCAGAAGUCUACAGGGCUUGUAUCAAACGAACAUGCCAGCCCGAUCGCGUCCCCCCUCGCGUUUCCUCACGUAGACAAGCAUGAUCUGCCUGACGGCCACGAUCACGCUCAGGUGGCGUUCUUCGUCGAACUCCAAUCAUCAUGCGACAACGAUGCCUCUAGCUUCCACAAAUUGGACAACCAUUCUCAGGACGUCGUGGAUCGAGAUGAUACGGAGCUGAGCUUGAACUCGGUCGGUGCGUCCGUCGAGUUGACCCAUGAUUUGACGGUCGAGACGGAGAAAUCAGAGCUGCUUGAUUCUCCCGUCGUGCUCAAAAACCCUCCUGGCUUACACGCGCCCGACCUCGAUACCCCGCCCGUUGACCCGGCAACGCCACCGCUCUGCGAUGCUACCACGCAUCCUGACGUUGUUUCCAUUGCCGAGGCGACGCAAGCCACUGCGUGCGUCGAAUACCUCACUCCUAUGGUUGACGCCUCGAAUCUGUCGGAGAAGGCGGACGUCCUCCCGCCGAUGGACCAGUUCACGAUCGCUACGAAGACAAUCGGGUCCCUCGACGGCGACGGAGAGAACUGUGGUCUCCCGGCCCCUACGUUCAUUCUCCGUCUGACGACGACGCUUCGAGCGUAA